AACCACUUCGGCUUCUUCGUCGUCUCUUUUCGGUUUCUCUCUCAAUCUUUCUUGCGAUGGGCUCUGCUCACAAGAACCAUUCUUCUUCCAUCGCAAGGCCUUAUCCUUCUUUCUCAGCCAAAUCCUCGAAGAAGGAUCUUAUCUCCUCUCAACUAUUUGAACCGAUCGGAAAUCCAAGCACUAGUAGUGAUACAGAAGACAAAAACCCUAACAUAAACCCAACCCUUCGCUCUCCUAUAGACUCAGACAUGGCGGCCAAUACAUCUCUCACCAUUGACGGUGCCGAGGAAGAUUCGUUUCUCUGUGACUCUAAGUUCCUCACUCGCGAAGAAGUUAUUCGUCGUCGGUCUCGUCGUGUGAAGCAACUUUCGAGGUUUUACAAGGAUCAUUAUUGGGCUUUAAUGGAGGAACUUAGGGUUAAGUAUAGGGAUUAUUAUUGGAAAUAUGGGAAGAGUCCUUUUAAGGAAGAAGAGGCGAAGGAGAAUGGUGGAGGUGGUGUGGAAGGGAGUGGAGAGAACAAUAGGUCUAGUUUGGGGAUCAUAGAGAAUAACAUUGAUGGGAAGUAUAAUAGGUGUGCUUUUGCGGGGUGCAAGGCGAAGGCUAUGGCGCUCACCAACUAUUGUCAUCCCCAUAUCCUCUCUGAUAACAAACAGAAGCUUUACAAAGCAUGUACAUAUGUUGUCAAAAGUUCACAAACUGGACCUGUUCUUUGUGGAAAGCCGACUCUAAGAUCUACUGUGCCUGUUCUUUGCACUAUCCAUUUUGAAAAGGCUCAAAAACAUUUAACAAGGGCCUUGAAGAAGGCAGGUCUUAAUGUCUCCUCUCCAAGCUCACUAGCUCCCAAGUUCCAUCCUAUAAUUGCUGAAUCUGUACGCCAAAUUCAAGCCAAAAGAAGAGCAGCGCGAAGGGCAAAUGUUGAUAAUCAUGUUGCUAAGGAGGAAAAUGCUAGUUAACCCUUCCAUUAUUGUCUACAGAUUUGCUCUGCUCUGGAUUCUAUAUGAAUGAUGGUCAAAGUACAUUGACACCAAAGCCGAAGAAUGAAAAAUCUCUAUGAUUCAUUGUCGCAAGGCAAAGUAUUAAGUGAGCAGUGGAUAUUGUCUUUCGGGGGCAAGAAUUCUUGCCUAUCUAAGAUACCUCUUCUAAACAGGCAGGCGGUAAUAAGCUUUCUUGCCUAGGGUGGAAGAAAGUCAGAUCACAGGUGAGGUUAUCUAGGGAAUGGCGGAGUAGUCAAUGGUGGUUUUUAACCUCGCUGACCCAAAUCGCUACUUCUGAAGCCGUAGUUACUCUGAACGGAGUGGCUGGAAAUUUGCAAUAUUAAUCUGGUGCAAAGUGAAUCUAGGGAAACCUUGAUAGUGGUGAUGCUCACUUGGAUUUUUUUUUUCUUUCUUUCUGACAUCAUGCAGUAAACA